AUGAGCGGGCAGCAACACAACGGCCAGUGGCAACCGGUAGCUGACCUCAUCAGGCGUUUGGGAUUGGUGACUGGAGACGCCGACGCCCCACAGACUGCAGCACAGGUGGCGCGAAUGUCCACCGCACAGCUGUUGCAAGACCCGGUGCGGGCGGCAAUCUACCGCCGCGGGUGGGAGGAAAGGGCGGCGAGCAUCCAGCGAACACYGCAACAACAACCGCAGCCGACCAGUCGACGCCCGCAACCAACGCCACCAUCACCACAGACACCGAGUCAACGUCCCCGCCACUCGCCGGCAAGACGGCCGCAGAACCAAGCGGCCACUAGCACGUCGAGUCGACCGAGCUUCGCGACACCAAGGGCACCGGCACCGGGGCCCAAGGUGUCCGGGGCGACUCCUCCCCCGCUGGCGAAGGUAAAGACGGAGGCACAGCAGGCGAGGAACCGUAAGAAGUUUCAACAGCUGAAGGAGAAGAAGAGGGCUAGGGAGCGAUYGGCAAGCCAACAGCACCGGCUAGCCAACCAACCUACGCCCUAUUCGGAUCUGGAGGCCGCUGGCAGUGGUCCGUCGGAACCGACGUCGACGGCAGCGAUGGAGGUAGAUGAACCAGCGCCCAARAGCUUAAAACUCGAGGAGCAGGCAUCAUCCACCAGCCAGGAGCAGCCUAGCCAGGACACGGACGCGCGCGACGCCGCCGAGGACGCCUGGCUAGCAGCGCCAGGCCCGUCGUUGGAGGAGUUGCCGGAGACAGUGUAUGACAACUCGUUCUACACUCCGGUGACGUCACCCCACCAUGACUAA